AUGAAGAUCAGCCGUUGUGCAUUGUUUGGUGCUGCUGCUGGUGUUGUCCACGGCAUACCACUUAUGAAACGUCAGGUCAAUAAUGACGCAACCAUUCUUAACUAUGCAUUGACUCUUGAACAUCUCGAAGCAACUUUCUAUCAGCAGGGCCUACAAAACUACAGUCACGAGGCCUUUCUGAGUGCUGGAUUCCCGGAUCCCUUCUAUUCCAAUUUGCAACAAGUUGCAUCAGACGAGCAGACUCAUGUUCAGUUCCUGACAAGUGCUCUAGGCGCUGCGGGUGCCCCAGCAGUUGCGCAGUGCAACUACACGUUCCCAGCCACUGAUCCGAAGAGCUUUAUUUCACUUGCAAAUGUAUUAGAGGGGGUCGGAGUUAGUGCUUACCUUGGAGCAGCUGCGUCUAUCACCAACAAGACAUAUCUCACUGCGGCUGGAAGUAUCCUCGCCGUGGAGGCCCGCCAUAAUGCCUACCUUCGAGCUGCACAAGGCCAAGUCCCCUUUGCUCAGCCUUUCGAUAACCCCCUUGAUUUGAAUGAGGUUUUCACGGUUGCCUCGCCUUUUAUUACCUCAUGUCCUUCCACCAACCCCGCGCUUCCAGUGAAAGCUUUCCCGUCUCUGACAAUGACCCCUACUGGAAAUGUCAUGAACGGAUCCACGGCGACUUUGGUGGCUGGUCCCGGUUUGAACUCGACAAGUAGUUCGAACCUAUCAGCCGCGUUUAUAACGGUCACUGGGCCUGUCUGGGCGCCUCUCAAAUCGCUUGGCAAUAGUCAGUUCGUCGCGACUAUUCCUAAUGGUGUUGAGGGUCAGAGCUAUAUUGUCUUGACGAGUAGUAUGAGCGGCGUGAGUGAUGAUAAUAUCGUUGCUGGACCAGCCAUAGUUGAGGUGUCGCCAACGUGA